AUGGCGCGCGACAACAGUGAUCUCAUCGUCAACUUCAACUUUGUCUUUCGUUUCCCCAGGAUCCACCACAACACCAACAACAACAACAACAACAACAAAAUGAAUCUUCUCGCCGAUUAUUCAGAUUCUGAGUCGGACAGCGAGGCGCCCUCUGCACCAAAAAUAGCCGCAAAGCCAGCACCGAAGCCCAGUUUCCAGAAAGUUGUCGACCGCUCGAAUCCAGGCCGAAUCAAGGUCAACCUCCCGGGCGCAUCGCAGUCGCGACAAGACAAGGACGACAUACAAGAUGACGCGCCACCUGCGAAGAAGCCGCGCCUAGGUGGGCAGUCGUCUUUCGGUGGGUUCAACGCAAUGCUGCCCGCGCCAAAGAAGCCAAACGUAAACGCGAUAUCAGCAUCGGAAAGCGCAAAGACAGGAAGCAGAGGAUUGGGCAAGGGGCUCGCUUCGGGUGUCAAUCUCAAGACUGGCGCGGAACCUGCAUUCAAGAGGGAACCAAGAGUCGAGACGGACGAAUACGAUGAAACUGGUAACCCGAUCAAGAAGGAGCCUAUGAAGAAGGAGGAUUUCAGAGCCAUGCUUAACCUGCCACCGCCUAAAACAGAAGUAAAGAAAGAAACUCAAGUGAAGGCGCCAGCCGAAAAUACGCAGCCAACACCAGCGCCGCAACACGUGCCAAAGCCAGCCGCACCACGUUUCGUGCCCAUGUCUGUUGGCAAAGGGAAGAAGAAGAAGCCCGUAGUUCCUCGUCCAACACCCAAAUCAACCGACAGAACCAGCACACCCAGCACGAAUGCGCAAGAUUCCCAAGCACUACCUACUGCUACUGCACCGCGCAAGCCCAAAGUCUCACUCUUCGGCGUCUCAAAUGAACCAGAACCUACAGUAUCCAAAGCACCAACCGACACUCAAUAUCAGCCCCUCCUCUACGGCGCCGACGAAGAGCAAGCUCCAACCAUACCUUCGGAACCCUUCCUAGACCACUCCGCAUACACUACCACACAACCGACACCCACCCCGUCUGGCCCGUCAGAUCUCACCAAUAUCGCCUCGGAACUCAACCUCACUCCCGCUGAGCGCCGUCAACUCUUCGGCAAACAGCGCCGUGACGCUCCGGACCUAUCUUCGGCCCAUAUCGCAGAAUUCAACACAGACGCCGAGUACGCGCACAACGAGAGAUUGCGCCAACAGGGAGAGGCCGUGUCACACAACCCACUCAAGUCAAUUACUGGAACAGGCAAGAAUAGUCUGAGGAGUUUGGUCAAUGUCGCCACCACACAGAAGGAGGCGCUCGAGGAUCAUUUCGCCGCUGGUCAUCGGAAUAAGAAGGAAGCGGGAAAUAGGUAUGGGUGGUGAAGACAAGUCUUCAUCCAAGGCGGGACGCACAUGGAUGUAAAGCGGAUUGUGAGGUGGUUUAGAGUAAAAUUUACGUGCAUUACAUCUCUCUUUUGGAAACAACAGAACUCCAAGCCCA